GCUUUUUGCACAGCUGGGUUGCAAGCGGAAUGACGCAAAAUAAGGGAUAUGGAAGGGCGCGAUCAAAGACUGUCUACUACUGGAAAUCGGACCAAAGCAUUCGGAACACAUUGCUUGGUGCUUCAAAGCUUGCUUAUCUUGACCCAACGAAGAUCGCACUUUUUGCGGUCCACGUCAAGCAAAGUUCCUCCAACAGCUUGAACGGCGGGUUCGUCGGGGGUUGCGUUGGCGUAUGUCUGAACCUAGCUAGCUUUGUCACACUGGCAGCGAGACGCGUCCGCUCGUCGAACCAGCGAGCGAGUCGCUCUCCAAGUCCCGUUUCGCGCUAGCCUGGCCCCUCGCGGGCCCGGCUUUGAACUUGUGACUCGCGUCUGAGUCAGCUUGUAGUCGGCGGCGAUGCAGUCGACACUUCCACGGGCGCUGCCGAGGGCUCCUGCAACGCGAUGCCGCGCGCCUCAGCGGCGUUCCGCGCUUCUCGUGGUUCGUGCGAACUCCAACAAGUCUCACUACCAGGUCCUGGGCGUGAACUCGAAAGCGAGCCAGGAUGAGAUCCGGGCGGCGUUCCGGAGGCUGGCGAAGGAGAUGCACCCAGACGUGUCGACAUCGAGCAACAGCGAGGAGGAGUUCAUGCGGGUCAAGCAGGCCUACGACACACUGGCUGACGCGGGCGCACGGGCACAGUACGACCUGGCCCUGAACAAGCAGCGUUCGCGGCAAGCCGCGCCGGCCAGCCCAGACUGGAGUCGCCGCCACCACUACUCGUCCUCGCACCACGGCACCUCCUCCGGCGGCGCGGCGCGGACUGCGGCGGGCGGCGCCGGCGGCAGCGUGCGGCGGGGGCCGUCCACGUCCGCAGACCGCUGGGCCGGGGUCUACAGCGCGCCAUCCGCGGCCUCCUCGGGUGCGGACGACUGGCCCGCCGGCGCCGACGACUGGAAGCCCUCCAGCAGCGGCCGCAGCCCUUCAACGCCCUCGGGCCGCGCGGCCACCGCCGCCCGCAGCCACAGCACCAGCGGCCAGCGCGGCUGGUACAGCCAGCAGUCCGCCGCAGCCGGCCCCGCUACAGCCGCCGGCGCCGGCUCUGCUACAGCCGCCGCCGCCGGCGGCGACGACUGGGGCAGCUGGGCUGCGGCGGCUCGCACCAGCACCAGCGCCGCCGCCGCCGAGGCGGCGCGUGCGGCUCAAAAGGCUCGGGAGGCGGCUGCCGCCGCCGCCGCCGGGCCCGCAUCCGGCGACGAUUGGAGCACGAGCUACGCGCGUGUCGCUACAGCCGCCGGCGGCACCGCGGCCGCCGCCACCAGCUCCUAUGACGACUGGUCUCAGGCCAACAGCGCCCUGUCCUCCGGCGAUGACCUGGAGUGGUUUUCAGACGUUGUGACCAAGCCGGCGGCAGCCUCGGCGGCGCCGCCGGCAAGCGCGACCGCCGCGGCGGCAGCGGCGCCGAAGGCGGCUCCGCCGAAGCCGCCACCGCAACGCUCUCCGGCAACCGCCAGCGGCGAUGACUUUGACCUAUUCAUGGAUGUGGUGGUGGGGCCGGACGGCAGCGUCGACGUCAGGGAGCGGCCGCGGCCCGAGGCGGCCAAGGUGGCGGCAGUGCCGCCCCCGCCGCCGCCGCAGACGCCGACCUGGGGUGACGACUUCGCGCUGUUUGCUGCCGUGGCCUCCGGCGGCCCUGCCGCUGCCCCCAGCACCAAGCCCUCCUCCUCCACCGCCGCACCUGCGGCGCCGCAGACGCCGCAGACGCGGCCGGCGGCUGACGGCGCCGCCGACGGCGCCGAUGGCGCCACUGCGGGGCGGACGGGCAGCAGCUUCUGGGACUCUGCGCCCACCAUCACGGGCGGCUCCUACGCCUCCGCGGACCGCAGCGGUGUCUCCUUUGGCGGCGCCCGCUCCGUGUGGGCAGACAGCCUGCCGCCCACGGGUGCCGGUGCUGCUGGUGCUGCUGGUGCUGCUGGCGCCCCUGGUGCUGCUAGCGCCGCACGCACAGCUGCAGUGGAGCAGCCGCAACCGCAGCCGGCGAAGGCGAAAGAGGAGCCGCCCGUUCGGCCUUCAGCGGCGGCGCCGGCCCCUGCAGAGGCUGCGCCUGCUCCUACCACCAGAAGCGGUGGCGGCAGCAGGCGCAUCGUCAGCAGCACCAGCGGCAGCAGCGCAAACACGCAGGCGCAGGAGGAGGCUGCGGCAGCAGCCAUGGCCGCGGCCGCCGCCGCAGCGGCCGCCGCCGCCGAGGCCGCCGCUGCGGCGGCGGACCUCCGGCGGAGGCUGGCGGAGGCGCAGGCUGCAGCGCGGCAGGCGGAGGAGGAGGCGGCGGCCCGCCUGGCGGCGGCUACUGCACGUCUGGCGGAGGCGGAGGCGCUGCUGGCUUCGGCGGAGGUGGAGGCACCGCAGCCGCAGUCCGGUCAGCCGCUGCAGCCCGAGUCGGAGGUGGUGCCGGAGGGGGUGGCGCAGCAGGAGCAGGAGCAGCAGCAGGUAGAGCGGCUCGCAGCCAUGGCCCAAACCGCUCUGGAGCAAGUGCAACAGCAGGAGCAGGAGCAGCAGCAACAGCAGCAACAGCAGGGGCUGGAGGAACUGCAACAGCUGCAGCAGCAGCAGCAGCAGCAGGAGGAGGUUGAUGUGGUGUAUGUGGCGGAGAACGCGUCCCAAUACACCACCACGGCCGCCGCAACCGUGGCUGCGCCCGCGCCUGCCCCUGCCGCGCCGCUCUUCACCCGCUCCUCCCUCUCCUCGACCUCGACCUCGACCUCGUCGCCUUCCUCGUCCCCGCCACCCUUCACGCGGCUGUCUCGCGGCCUAGCGGCGGCGUUGGGCGACGAUGACGCGUCAGGGGCAGUCAGCAGCGCCGCCGUCCUUGCUGCUGGCGGCGGCGGCGGCGGCGGCAGCUGGCGGCGCAUGGACGAGGCGGCGAUGGCGGCUGCCGUUGCGGCGGCGGAGCAGGCGAUGGCUGGGUCGCUGCCCAUGGGCGGCGACGGCGCCGCUGACUCGGACGCACCGACGCCGCUGAAGGCCCUCCAGCGCGCGGCGGCGGAGGCGCAGGGCCAGCGGGUGCCGUCGGAGGCGGAGGCGGCGGAGGCGGCGGGGCGGCAGCAGCAGCAGCAGCAGCAGCAGCAGCAGGCGCAGCAGGCGCAGGGUGGCCAGGGGCUGCCGUCGGAGCGGGAGGUGUCACUCGCGGGGCUGUCAUUCAGCAGUGACGUGUUUGAUGAGGAGGGCUGGCGCCGUAGCAUCAGCCCCAUCAAGUCUGCGGGCAUAUACUUUGGCGGCGAGGGAAGCAACCCCAACGGCGCCGGCGCGGGCGCCGGCAGCAUCUUUGCCAACCCGCCCCCAGGCCAGCAGCCCGCCGGCGCGCCACCAGCGGCUCCGCAGCCACCCAAGAAGGCCGGCAGUAUUUUCGCCAACCCGCCGCCGGCGCAGCCGAAGCAGCAGCCGCGGCGUCGGUCGUGAAGCAGGUAGCGAACAGGGCAUGUGAAACAAACAUGGAGAGACACGGAAACACAAACGAUACGGUGGGCGUGGAUGCCUUGCACAGCGCGAGCCCACUUCGGAUUGAAUUGGAGAGAUUUUCCGCCGUGUUUUGGGGGGCGGCGAUGCAAAACACAUGCACCUCUCGCAACAGAAUUUGUGAGCAGUACAAGUAAGUAUCGGUCGCCGGGCUCGCAAACACAAUGCUCAUGCGGCCUUGAAAUGAUGUCGACGCCGGAGCUGUACGAAGAAUGCGGUUGUAAGUGGUAGUCGUGGUCGGGACGAUGGGCGGCAGGCCGGGGAGAAUGCAGUCUUGACGGGCAGGUUAGGUAAGGGAAUGGAGGAUAUUGGGAUGUUGGCCGGGCAUCAGGAGGGCAGGAAGUUUAGGAACGCUGCCUGUGGCGGGGGCGCUGUGAAGGACUUAGGCACCGUAGGCUUUGCGGUAGAACAGACAAGGCGGCCGGGCCAGGGAGGCGCGCGUGCGAGCAAAGGGAUGGUGGGGGUGGGGGUAGUAGCGGGGAGGGCUCCACGCGUGUGUUGCGGUGUGAUGGGCUGGCGAUGUGCAGUAGUGGGCCCAUGCGAUGGCCUCCUAACGCUGGAUAGUUAACAUGCUGUGGACUGAUGGGAUUGAUGAUGACACAGCUGUUACACAAACAUGGUGUGGAAUAAAGCAGAUGUGCGGGUGGCCGUCGACUCCAGAUGCUCGUAGAGAUUGGCAGACGACGUGCUGCUGCUGGUGUCCGUUCGGGCAUGCGUGGGUAGUGCUCAGUGAACUUGUUGGAUUGAACUAUAUCGCGAACGGAGACUGCUUGGAUCACUUGGGUGUGAGGAUGGGUUCAGCGAGGAGGAAGCCGGAGACUGGCACUCCAUCUGUGACACGUCACGACCAAGCUUCACAUCCAUGCCUUACCCCGGCUCUCAUCCCCGGGGAGAAUGUCACUAAUGCCAGGGCGUGCCGCAAAGUGCACAGUGAUGAUGUAAUACUGCACAUGA